GCCCAACCUCUUCUGAUGUGGAAGCUGCUGCAGUGGACGCCUCGGCUUCAUCGGUUCCUUCUGAACAGGACACGGAUGAGACUGACGACGCACUAGCGAAGGAAGUAGAGCAGCUGACACUGAAGGAUACAGAAGUAGAGCUGCGAAGAGAAAUAGAGAGGGAACGCCUUGAACGCAAAAAAAUAGAGGAGGAUAUGCGCUGUCUGCGCGAAGAAUUUAGAGUGGAGCGUGCACACGAGAGAAGAAUCGAAUUAGGGAGGCACCGCGCUUGGCAAUGCGACCUGCAAACUUUAGUCGUCAUAUCAGUAGUACUCCUGUGGAACAACUUGAAGAACCUACCAAGCUUGCUCGAUCUGCUAGAGUCAGGAAAUGCGGGCGCAAGUUCCGACGCAGUAGGAGGGCGGGACCAUGCUGGUGGCCGGGGCAUCCCGCGCACCUUUCAAGAGCGUCCGAGUGCUGUUUCGAAAUCUUUUGCCGAAAGAGCGUGUUCGCUAACGCAGUGGGCUUUCUUCUGCGCUUCUUUUGAAGUUGGGGUUGAUGAAGGGGAGGCCUCGCGUUGUAAGCAUGCCCUUGUUCCUGGAGUGUGCGAAGGUCUUCAACAACACAGCGGAGCUGAAGUGCCUAGCCUUGCUGUCGUUGGGAUUCCAUGCGUCUUCCCGCUGCCUCCAAAAUUUGGAGAAAAUGCAACUCACAUUUGGCGGUUUGAACACAACGAGGAGUUCAGCGGCGAUCGAUCAGCAUCGUCGUCCCAUUCAAGCAACACCAAAAUGAAAGGGAGAAGAUUACAUCAACCAACUUCCAGCACAGGAAAAGGGCCCGUGGUAUGGCGAAAGCGGAUGUUUCAGGAAAAUCAGACCUGUGAAAUAGAAGCUAUCGUAAUUGGGAUCGGGCCACAAUGCGGUCCUCUUCGUCCCGGCCGUGAAAGUGAAAAUGGGUACUGGAAGGAGUUGUACCAGAAGCACAAGAAGCUGGUGAGUAGUGCCUUCUUGGUGUUCGUGGCGAAAGCUGGAUCUACUUACGUUGCGAGUUGGUACAGGGGCCAUCCAGAGACCUUUACCGCUUGCGUCUUGCAAUCUCUGGACCAUACAGUAGAACACAUUUAUGUUUUUGGAUUCUAAACUUCGAUAAGAAGGGUCGUCACUCCUGAUUGUGAUUCAUUUGGUACAGUGAAAAAGUAGAAGGUGGAAGUUCAUGCUAAUGCUGAACGAGACAGAUAGUAGGACUUACCUGGAGGUGUAUCCUCGAUCUCUAACGCGGAAUGGAAUCAUGUAUGCCAGGAUUCUCUCCGACAGUUCAGCAGAUCCGCCAAUUCCGGGAGUCCUUGCCUGAACUAAUGAGACAGAUAUCCAGGCUCCGCCCAGUCAGGCGAAUGUUGGAAGGCCCUCGCGGCGCGAUCAACCUGGCUGAGUUGCCGUGGGGACAAAUUGGAGGAAUGCUUAUGCCAUAAGAUAUCUUUUGAAGGAGGUUGUCUAUUUUUACAAGUGUUGAUAUGAAAAUGAGAAAUAGAAUUUGACUGAAGGCAGUGCUGUUUUCACCGAUUGCACCUAGACAUAGAGGAUAAUGAAUAGACGCGACACUGUCACGACUAGUAUACGACGACGAAUUUUAUUCGAGUCAGUUGUGCAAUCGAUUCGUUGCGCAAUCCGCUCGCUCUCGCCAAGGGAAACUGGCACGCCAAAGUUUAACGAGUCGAUGGUUAGUUUAACAACCGCUAAGAGCAUCGACAUACACUACGCAUUGAAAUUGAUUGGAAGAUAAAAACUCGAUUUGUCAAUGCAUAUGCAGUGGAUUUGUCUCUAAUGUACUUAAGUACAUAUGGUGGUCUCUAAUGUACUUACAUAUGGCGGGAAGAAGAAAAGCAAAAGCAUGUAGUUUCUCAGCAAUUUAAAUAUUUAUAUUAGGACAGUUUAUAGCACGAAUGGCGCAUGGGACGAAUGGCACGACUGGCAUGAAUGGCACACCCCAACAGACCCCAAAUGUGUCACGAAUGGCAC